AUGAAGCCGUACAGAGCAUCGGAGCGGCCUCACGGUGAGUUGCUCGGAGCAUCCGCUUCCGCCGCCAGCGCCUCCGCCUCCGCCUUGGGCGCUGGGCGCUCGCGGCCAGAGCGCGAAGUUGCGAGGCAGAAUGAGUCACUGCUGAAAGCGCGUCUACCAGGAGUUACACCAAUGUUACCAUUCUUGAUACGUGCUUUAUUUUAUAUUCCGUGA